AUAGACACGAGCUUUCGCGCUUACAAAAAUAAAUAAGGUUAUAGAUCUAGACAAGGGAGACCAAUCUGUAUUAUUUGUAACAACAUGUUUCACGUCUGCACUACUUUGUAACUGAGGCUUAAAAGUAGUGAUUUUGGUUUGAGAUAACAAGGAUGUCUGAAUCUGAUGAAGAACCACAACUCUCCAGUCAUGCUUUGGCUGCUCUACAACAAUUUUACAAAGAGAAACAGGAGCAAGAGGAGAAAUUUAAUUUGGCACUAUCAGGAAACAUUGAAGAGUUUCAGCCACAAGAAGACUGGCAACUUAGCCAGUUCUGGUAUGAUAAUAAAACUGCAGAAACACUAGCUAAAGAGGCACUCUCUAUAGUGGGAGAUAAAGGGAGAAUAGCUUGCCUGAGUUCCCCAACAGUUUACAAGAAGCUUCGUGAGCUCAAAGGGGACUCAGUUGAUGUCAAAUGUUUAGAGUAUGACACACGAUUUCAAGUGUAUGGGGAAGAUUUCAUUUUCUAUGAUUACAAUGAGCCACUCAGGGUGGAUGCAGCUCUUCAAAAUCAGUUUGAUCUGGUCAUAGCAGAUCCUCCAUUUCUAUCAGAAGAAUGCCUGUGUAAAACAGCAAUCACGAUCAAGUUUCUGGCUAAGGAUAAGCUGAUACUAUGCACAGGGUUUGUGAUGGCUGACUUAGCAAAGAGACUACUAAAGGCUGUUCCCUGCAAGUUUGAGCCUAGACAUGCUAAUGGAUUACAAAAUCAAUUUUCAUGUUAUGUGAAUUAUGAUAGUGUUUUAUUAAAUACAUGAUAAUCUAAA